AUGUGUUUUUCCUUGCCCCAGGCUCGACAGGAUAUACUGGACAGGGCUAAGGCAAUGGGCCUUGACUGGUGGGGAAUGGUUGAAGAAUUAAAACAAUGGGAUGGCUGGGGACCUCUGCUGAAGGAAGUGACAGACCCUCUGGUGGACACACCUGAGUACUAUAAGCAGCCAUUUCAUGGUUAUGAUCAGGGCAAUCUAUCUUGGGAGGCUGCCUUUGAAGUUACAGCUGCUGCCAUCAGUGUGCAUAGCUUUGUCAUGGAUCCAAAGCGCAAAGUAAUGGAUCCAGAGGGGGACCUUAACCUUCGCAAGAGCUAUGGUGAAGCCAUGCAAGCCUUGCUCUCCAAGGUACCUGCUCGGAAGGUCAAGGACAUUUUGGACAUUGGCUGCAGCACAGGCCUCAGUAGCAAGGAACUGUUGAGGACGUUCCCCAGUGCCAAGGUCACAGGCAUUGACCUGUCACCAUAUUUUCUGGCAGUAGCACGACACGAACAGAUGCAGCAGUUGGAAAAGGGCAGCAAGAAAGAGCCUAUCGCCUACGUCCAUGCAGCUGCAGAAAGGACAGGGCUGCCUAAUGCCUGCAUGGACCUUGUGUCCAUAUGCCUGGUCCUUCACGAACUGCCAGGGGAUGCAACGAAGGCUGUGAUCGCAGAGGCGCACAGAAUACUGCGACCAAGAGGCAUCCUUGCAAUUAUGGAAAUGAACCCAUGGUCAGAGAGGUUCGAAAGGGUGUUGAACAAUCCUUUCGCUUAUGCGGGAUUCAAGAGCACAGAGCCAUACCUGAACGAAUACAUCAACCUCGAUCUGCACGCGGCCAUCCAAGAGAGGGGGUUUCAGCCGCCAAGCCAGGUGAACAGCAGUCCUGCGCACUUUACUCUUGUGGCAAUGAAGCAGUGA